AGAAACUUCUGGAACGAGGCCGUUGACUGAGCAGCGAGGAGAAGAUGAGGAAGUUCUGGAAAGUUCGCGGUUUAAGCUAUAAAUGUCUCCAGGUCGGCGCCGCUAACCAGCCAGGAUACGACAGCGAGGAAUAGGAGGAGACGUUACUGCCAGAGUCCUGCUGAUAUCGCUGAGCCUUGCACGGCUUUGCCGGAGCGGAGCGUCACCAUGGCCGUCGUGGGUUUUGACUUGGGCUUUCAGAACUGCUACAUAGCCGUUGUGAAAAGCGGGGGGAUCGAAACGGUGGCGAAUGAGUUCACUGACCGCUGCACACCAGCUGUUGUGUCAUUUGGCCCAAAGAACAGAUUUGUUGGGAAUGCAGCAAAAAACCAGGCUAUAACCAAUCCUGCCAGCACUGUGUGUAAUUUCAAGAGGCUGCAUGGCAGACUGUUUGAGGACGCUGUCGUUCAAGCAGAGAGGGCCAAUUUACCGUAUGAUUUAGCACCGCUGUGUGAUGGCAGAGUCAGUGCAAAGGUUGUGUACCUGGAGAAGGAGCACCAGUUCACUAUUGAACAGAUCACUGCCAUGUUGCUGACUAAGAUGAAAGAAACUGCAGAAGCCAGUCUACAGAAGAAAGUAGUUGAGUGUGUCAUCUCUAUCCCUUCAUUCUUCACUGAUUCAGAGAGGAGGUCUGUACUGGAUGCUGCCAAGAUUGCCGGCCUGAAUUGCCUGAGGCUGAUGAAUGACACCAGUGCAGUGGCACUGAGUUAUGGCAUAUACAAGCAAGAUCUGCCAGAUCCUGAGGAGAAGCCUAGGAUUGUGUUCUUUGUUGACAUGGGGCAUUCAGCCUUUCAGGUGUCUGCCUGCGCAUUCAAUAAAGGAAAGCUGAAGGUGCUCUCCACUGCAUUUGAUCCGUAUUUGGGUGGCAGGGACUUUGAUCAGAGGCUUGUGGAGCACUUCUGUGCAGAGUUCAAGUCCAAGUACAAGCUGGACGUUAAGUCCAGGGUUCGAGCUUUGUUGCGGCUCCAGCAAGAGUGCGAGAAGCUUAAGAAGCUGAUGAGCAGUAACUCCACAGACAUCCCUCUGAACAUUGAGUGCUUUAUGGACGAUAAGGACGUGUCGGGGAAGAUGAAUAGGGCCAAGUUUGAGGAGCUCUGUGCUGACCUGAUUGAGCGAGUGACCGUUCCUCUAGUGGCUGCUCUGGAGCAGGCUCAGGUGCAGCUGCAGGACAUCAACGCGGUGGAGAUUGUUGGAGGAGCUACACGCAUCCCUGCUGUGAAGGCCCAGAUCAGCAAAUUCUUCAGAAGGGAUGUGAGCACCACACUUAAUGCAGACGAAGCGGUGGCCAGAGGCUGUGCUUUACAGUGUGCCAUGCUCUCCCCUGCAUUCAAAGUGCGAGAUUUCUGCAUCACAGAUGUUAUCCCAUUCCCCAUCUCUCUCUCCUGGAGCAGCGAAGCAGAUGAAGCCAAGUCUUGUCAUGAGAUAUUUGGCAAGAACCACCCCUCCCCUUCUUCCAAAGUUAUCACGUUCCACAGGAAUAAACCCUUUGUUCUGGAGGCUUUUUAUUCAGAUCCUGGAUCUCUGCCAUUCCCUGAGGCCAAGAUUGUGAUAUGCCCAUACUACUCCUCAGGUGAGUAUAAAGUGCAGAAUGUACAGGCCCAGGACAAUGCAGAGAAAUCAAAAGUGAAGGUCAAAGUUCAAGUAAAUGCCAGUGGCAUUAUGGAUGUAACCUCAGCUACCAUGGUGAUGAGGGUCAGCGCUGCAGAUGCUGAUGGAGACCUUGGGGAAAACACCAUUGAGGAGGUCAGCACCCAGGAUGGUCUGGAUGAGGCUGAUGGACAGGACAAGACCCAGGAAUCAAAUGAUCAUACUCCGUUAGACAGAGAAAACCAGCCCACAGCCCUUUGCCCCCCCAUGGAAAAAGCGCAGAAUCUUUCACAUUCACUGGCCCAGAAUGGAGAGUUCAGUGGCCAGCCCCCCAAUGCAAAAAAAGCCAAGAUGAAGGUAAAACAUGUGGGACUGCCUAUCGAGGAGAAAAUUACACUGCAGCUCCCAAAGGAUCACCUUAAUACUCUCAUAGAGCUUGAGGGCCAGAUGAUCCAGCAAGACCAGCAGGAGAAGGAGAGGAACAAUGCCAAAAAUGCAGUGGAGGAGAAUGUGUACUUCUAUCGCCACAAACUGGAGGGUCCAUAUCAGACGUUCCUAAGCACUAAUGAGCAGCAGAAGUUCUUUGAACUUUUGAAUCUCACAGAGACUUGGCUGUAUGAAGAAGGAGCAGACCAAGACAAGCAGACAUAUCUGCACAAGCUGGCAGAAAUCCACAAACUGGGCAUGCCUGUUAAAGACAGAUACCAGGAGUCUGUGAAGAGACCCAAGCUGUUUGAGCAACUCUUAUCCAAAAUACAGCGAUACAGUACAAUAAUGGAGGAGUAUAAGAAUGGGAGUGAAAGCUACAAGCAUAUUGAUGAACCGGACAUGGAGAAGGUGAGGACGUGCGUGCGGGAGACACAUGAGUGGAUGGCCACCAUGAGGAAAUCCCAGGAGCAGCUCAGGCCUGAGGACGAGCCAGCGGUUCACAGCACUCAGAUCCACAAGAAACUACAGACUCUGCUGAAUAUAUGUGAGGAGAUUGUUUCAAAACCCAAACCUAGAGUGGACUCUCCUGCUGAGGAGAGCAUGCAAGCAGAGUGUACUGUUAAUAAGAGUCCAGAGGACGUAACCAUGGACUACAAUGAUAUUUUACAGAAUGGAAAGAGAAGCAGUCAUGAAGGUGACUGAGCCGAAUAUGGAAAAAAAAAUGUAUGCCAUGUGUGUAUGCCACUGUUGUUGAAAGAGAUAGAUGUUUAAAUUCAUUCUUUGUAUGUUGAUUGUAAAGUUUUUUCCAUUUUAUGUUUCUGCCUUUUUAUUCAUCUGCGUUUGAUAGUGACACUGAGCAGUUUCUUUACAGAGUAAAUGUAUUUAUUGCAAAUAAAUACAUAGAUUUUUUGCAAGAUUGUACCACGAUUGUUUUGCAUCAUACAAACCUGUCCUGUGAAGCUUAAAGGGGAAUUCUGCCAAUAUUUCAAAAUUUCUUCAUAAUGCAGUUGUUGAGAUGGAAACAAAGUCAUUCAGAAUGAUGCACUGUAGAGGAAUUAGCUUGCUUGGAACCAGGGGUCAUGAUGUCUACAACACAAGCAUGGCCAUUUUAUUUAAUAUCCAAAAUCACCAGUCAAAUGUAAACUCAAAAUUCAGACCAUGCCUUUUUAAAAAAAAACAAAAAACAUUGCACCACAUUAUCAGAAAAAAUGAACAUGCAUCAUCUAGAUGAAGAAUAUUUAAAUCCUUCAUUUAGUUGAGAAUAUAGUCGGUUUCAUCAUGUUGCCAUCUUGUAGCUUGCUCAUUUUCUGGUACAGCGAUCCGUUUUCGUACAUGCUCAGACUGACAAACCCGAAAGAAAUCAGAGUAAGAGUUUACAUGCACUGAGAAACAUAAUUACUGAGCUAAAAUCCAGCCCUCUUUAUCAGAUUUCUAGAUCGGAAUAGGGUAUUUACAUAACCAUUUGAAUAAUCUGACAACUGCAGAAAUCCGAUAAUGAAUUGGAUUAUUGUUAUUGAGUGCAUGUAAACACUCAGUUUCAGGCAUCAGGCAAUUUAUUGAUAUUCAUUUCAUGCAAUGUUCUGAUGAGCUUUCAGAUGCUUUGGACGUCUGGUUCCUCUCACUUCUGUUGUGAACAGUUCUGACUCAAGUUUGUCUAGAACAGCGCAUUUCACAUCAAGCCAUUUUGCAUGACUUUGUAUCGUGAUGAUGUCAUUGUGCAAAAAUUUUGAAAUUCCCCUUUAAGAAUGUUGCAAACCUCAUGCAUGUUCUGGAUAUGUUAUCAACAGAGCACAGAAUCACUACAAGCAGAAAUAAAACAUUAGUCGCUCAA